AUGACUGCUGCAAAAAUAAUUAAUCACUUCCACAUUUUUUAUCUUGAAAAUAGAUUCUCUCUCUCUCUUUCACUCUCUCUCUCUCUCUCUCUCUUUCACUCUCUCACUCUUUCUCACUCUCCCUAUUCUCUCUCUCUCUCCCUCUUUCACCCUCCCUCACUCUCUCUCUCCCUCUCUUCAUCCUCAGUGUUGUCAUUUUCUCUUGCGAAUUUCGUCCCGCCUAUAACAGAUUCUCUCCCUCUCACUGUCACUCUCUCUCUCUCUCUGUUUCUCUCUCUCUCUCUAUCUCUAUCUCUCUCUCUCUCUAUCUAUCUAUCUAUCUAUCUCUUUUCCUCUUCAGUAUUCUCUCUCUCUCUCCCUCUUUCACCCUCCAUCUCUCUCUCUCUCUCACUCUCUCCCUCUCUCUCUCUCACUCUCCCUCUAUCUCUUUUCCUCUUCAGUGUUGUCAAUUCGAUCUUUUUCAUCUUAGAUUAUUUUUCUCUUGCUACUCUCGUCCCAUUUCUUCUUCUUCUUCUUCUUCUUCUUCUUCUUCUUCUUCUUCUUCUUCUUCUUCUUCUUCCCACUUUUGGUCUUCCUCCUCUUCUUCUUCUGCCUACUUUAUUUCAUCUUCCUCUCAUUUUGUCUUCUUCCUCUAUCAUUUUUGCUGUUGUUGUUUUGUCUUCUACUUCUUCGUCUUCUUCUUCUCCCCCACCACCACCUCUUCUUCCUCACAUCCUCCUCCUCCUCCUUAAUUCUGCCUCAUUUACUUCUUUCACUUAUUUCUUCUUCUUCCGCCAUCAUUUCGUGUUAUUGUUAGUCUUCUUCUUCUUCUUCUUCUUCUUCUUCUUCUUCUUCUUCUUCUUCUUCAAAAACAUAUACAAGUAA